AUGUUGAACAAACCAAGAUCAAGAUUGCCCCCUCAACUAUUGAUUACUCCUAAAUAUGAUGAAAACCUUGUAAAUUGCAAAACCCAAGAGGAUACUGUUAAAGAAUAUAAAAGAAAUACAAGUUACCAAUAAAGAACUAGUUAGUAGAAGUAUAAUUUUCAGUUGUGCCAUUAAAUCGGGAAGGGAUAAUUCAGCAAAGUAAUGCUUGUCAAAAAUGCUGGCGCUUUUUAUGCUUUAAAGAUGAUUGACAAAAAGCUGAUCCAAAAGUACAAUAUUGCUUAAUAAGUCUAAAGAGAAAUUGACAUUUAAUCAUCAAUAUAGCACCCAAACAUAGUUAAAAUUUUCGGCAAUUUCCAAGACAAUGACUAUGUCUAUUUAAUAACUGAGUAUUGUGAAAAAGGAAAUUUGUUCUAAAAAUAAUUCUCCGAGGAAGAUAUAAAAAAAAUAACUAAGCAAAUUUUACUUGGAAUCCAAUACCUCCAUUCAAUGGGGAUCAUGCAUAGAGAUUUGAAGCCAGAGAAUAUCUACUUGACAUCAGAUAACAAAAUUAAGAUAGGAGACUUUGGCUUUUCUAAUUAUAAAGGCAGAAGAAAGACUUUCUGUGGCACUCCUGAGUAUAUGCCGCCAGAGAUUGUGAUUUCUCAGGCGAAUAAAACUUACUAUCAUGGGUAUGAUGAAAGAGUAGAUAUAUGGGCCGUAGGAAUAUUAUUAUUUGAGUUGUGCAAUGAUACAGUUCCUUUUAGAGAUAUUGAUCGAAAUAGGCAGUAAGAUAGGAUUUGCAGGGAGCCCAUCUAAUUCAAAGAGGGUUAAGAUUUAAAUCUCAUAGACUUUAUUUAAAAAUGUUUGUAAAAAGAUCCUAAUUAAAGGGCUGCAAUACAAGAAUUACUGCUACACCCAUACUUAUAAAUUUGA